AGUUUAAGCACAUUUUACAGUUCUGGGUUGAGUCACCCAGUAGUUGACAGUGCUCUAGAAGCUUUGGAAAUGCGUUUUUCGUAGAUCCUCCACAGAACACGACUUAACAUGAUCUGGGGUUCCAAUCUUAUGAUAUGAAUAUUGCUGUCCUAGCCCAGAGGUUAUGUCACAUAGCAAUCUGGAGACUGAUGGUGAUUUUUGGCAUGUUGGUUGCUGUUUCAAUUGUUUCUCAUUGUAUUGCACUUCCCUUCAGCAAAACAUUGUCUCCAUCUCCUGCUAACAAGGGUUCGAUAGUUAUGGUAGUUCCCAGUGCUGCGCUUUUAAACAAUUCACCACCAAAUAAACAUUUUGUUGUUAAUCUUGUGGUGGGUAAUGAUACUUAUGCUUCUUCUGGCAAAGAUGCUGGGUAUGGGAAGGAAACAAAAGAAACAUAUAAAUUCAAUGAUCUAGCUUCAGAUGGUGACACAAAAUCUCACAGGGAGUAUAAAUUUGAGAAAGAUGACCCCAAAGCAAGCACAAAUUUAACCUCAAAUAAAGUUCAAAAUCAAUCUGGCAAUUUGCCAGUUAUAUCACAAGGAACUCCUACAAAGGGCAUGGGAAACUUUGAUGCAGAUUCAAGGACUUCAAAGCCAUUCUUUGCAGACAACAUAUCUUCGAUUGGCAAUGUGAAUCGAACUAUGAAAAUAAAACCCAAGGGGAAGAAGAUUAGGCCACUGCAAGCUGUUUCGGUCACCUUGAACCAUAAAUUUUCCGUGGCAAGUAUUUCCAAUUCCAUAUUGAAGAGGUGGGAGAAGCAGGCAACAUCCAUAUCCCAGAUGAACUCAAUAUUGCUUGAAAGUCAUGUCUCUUCUCGUUCCAUGAGACCAAAUUGGUCUUCUGUGCGCGAUCGUGAACUCCUAUCUGCAAAACUAGAGAUUGAGAAUGCUCCUGUAAUAAGGAACAUGCCAGGGCUUCAUGCUUCUGUUUUUCGAAAUGUAUCCAUGUUUAAAAGGAGUUAUGAAUUGAUGGAACAUAUUCUCAAAGUUUAUAUCUAUAGGGAAGGAGAAAAGCCCAUAUUCCAUCAGCCACGAAUGAGAGGAAUUUACGCCUCAGAAGGAUGGUUUAUGAAACUGAUGGAGGGAAGCAAAAGAUUUGUUGUGAGGGACCCCAGAAAAGCUCACUUGUUUUACUUACCCUUCAGUUCGCAAAUGCUAAGGGCUGAACUUUCUGGGCAAAAUAUUCAGAGUCAGAAUGAUCUGGAGAAAUAUCUGAAGAACUAUGUGGAAUUAAUUGCUGGAAAAUAUCGUUUUUGGAAUAGAACUCAUGGGGCAGAUCAUUUUCUUGUUGCUUGUCAUGACUGGGCCUCCCGAGUCACAAGGCAGCACAUGAAGAAUUGCAUCAGGUCUCUUUGCAAUGCCAAUGUUGCUAAAGGCUUUAACAUAGGGAGGGACACUACUCUACCAGUUACAUAUAUACGUUCCAUGGAGGACCCACUAAAAGAUCUUGGAGGAAAACCUCCUUCUCAAAGACAUAUUCUUGCCUUCUUUGCAGGGGGCAUGCAUGGUUAUGUCCGACCAAUCCUGCUGCAGUACUGGGAAAAUAAAGAACCUGACAUGAAAAUCUUUGGUCCAAUGCCACGUGAUAUUGAAGGCAAAAAAGUCUACAGGGAGUACAUGAAGAGCAGCAAGUACUGCAUUUGUGCCAGGGGUUAUGAGGUUCAUACACCUCGAGUAGUUGAAGCCAUUUUCCAUGAAUGUGUCCCUGUCAUUAUAUCCGACAAUUAUGUGCCUCCUUUCUUUGAGGUAUUGAACUGGGAGGCAUUUGUGGUGUUCAUUCAAGAGAAAGAUAUCCCAAAUUUGAGAAACAUUCUGCUCUCAAUCCCAGAAGAGAAGUACCUUGCCAUGCAGUUGAGAGUAAAGAUGGUACAAAAGCAUUUCCUUUGGCACAAAAUACCUGUGAAAUAUGACUUAUUUCACAUGGUCCUUCACUCGAUAUGGUACAACAGAGUUUUUCAGAUGAAAUCCAAAUGAAAGUUGUGAGAGAAAAAAGCUUCAAACUCUUGUUCAUUGGGCAGACAACCAAAAAAAUGAGGAAAUAUGCUGAUACAACCACUUCUAUGCCAUUGUUAAUCAAAAUGAAGCUGGUAGGGGUUGGAAAAUGUAUAUAUAUAAAUGUGUAUCUGCAAUGUUGCCACCAGGUGAUUGGAUAAGAAAUUUGUAGCUGCAAAGUGAUUCUACUAUAUGGGAUUUUGAUAUUUUUCUUCA